GAGUGCAGGCGUACUUUACGUCUGACGCAUUGAUUCAAUGGCUGACUAAAGAGGCAUGGAUUUGCAGUUGCUGCCAUCAUGGCACGUCUCGAUCAUUGUAGACAGCUAUUAGAGAAGUUAAACAAGCAGCGAGAGGCUGGAUUUCUUUGUGACUGCACAGUUUUUAUUGGCGAAUUUCAGUUUAAAGCUCACAGAAAUGUGCUGGCUUCCUUUAGUGAAUAUUUCAGAGUCCUCUUCAAGGAUACUUUGGAUAAUGUUGUCCUGGAUCAGAACCAAGUGACAGUGUCUGGGUUUGAAAUACUCCUGGACUUUAUCUACAGCGGAAACUUACAUUUUGAUAGUUGCAAGGUAGAGGAAAUCUGUCAGGCUGCUGAACAUCUCAAAGUGGAGGAGGUCGUCUCUUCAUGCAAAAUCAAAAUUGAAUCUGAGGCCAGAGUCAAGCCUGUUGUUAUAGAUCUUGACCGGAACACCAGUCGACAGUCAUCCCUGAUACACUGUGUAGAUGAAAGUUAUAUUGAUAAAACAGAACGUUCAUGUGCACAGCUGGAAUGCAAGAAGGUAGUUACAAGAAAAAAGACAAAUAGAAGCAAAAGAUGGAAAAGGACUGUAUCUAAUUAUCACAAAGUUCAGAAAAAGUCACUCCCGCAUCUGGCUCCCAUUCCAGUUGUGCCAUCUGAUCUUGACUUGGAUAUUAGUAUGCCUGACGAGGGAAUAGCAGAGCAAGGUACUCAGGACAAAGGUAGCUGCUUGCUAGAGUUGACAUCGACUCUAGACUGUGAAAUGUACGCACCGCAAGAUGUUACUGUACAAACCUUGCAUGUGAAGAAGUUAAGGUCGUAUCAGGACUGUGCUUUGAAAGAACACCACAUGGCUAAUAUUACAAGCCCCAGAAACAUGUGCAAGAUGGAGAGAUCCGAGAAAGACUUGCAUGAAAAGUUCUGCAAGAAUAAGCCAGUGUGCAAUACCUGUGGUAAGGUGUUCUCCGAAGCCAGCAGCCUAAGGCGACACAUGCGCAUCCAUAAAGGUGUCAAGCCUUAUGUGUGCCAUCUGUGUGGGAAAGCAUUUACUCAGUGUAACCAGCUGAAAACACACGUUCGGACUCACACAGGAGAAAAGCCAUAUCAGUGCAAUCUCUGCGAUAAAAGCUUUGCUCAAAAAUGCCAGUUGGUUUUUCACAGCCGUAUGCAUCAUGGAGAAGAGAAACCAUUUAAAUGUGAUGUGUGCAAUCUGCAGUUUGCAACAUCGAGCAACUUAAAGAUUCAUGUAAGAAAACACAGCGGAGAAAAGCCAUAUGUCUGUGAUAGAUGCGGCCAGAGAUUUGCACAGGCCAGCACCCUCACUUACCAUGUACGUCGACAUACCGGAGAGAAGCCGUACGUUUGUGACACAUGUGGGAAAGCAUUUGCUGUAUCAAGUUCUCUUAUAACCCAUGCAAGGAAGCAUUCAGGUGAGAAACCAUAUAUUUGUGAGGUUUGUCGAAAGAGCUUCAUUUCUUCUGGAGAACUGAAUAAACACUUUCGUUCUCAUACAGGAGAAAGACCAUUUGUCUGUGAAUUAUGUGGAAAUUCAUACACCGAUGUGAAAAAUUUGAAAAAACACAAGUUGAAAAUGCAUUGUGGAACUAGAGAAGAAGAGGAGACAGAAGUCUUGGAUACCCCAGUUGAUGAUGAUCCUUCAAGAAAAAGCCUGUUACAAGACAAUAUUGAUCUGAAACCAUCAGAGUUGUUCUUACCACUAACCCUUCACAUUGCUCCUGAAGAUCAGCAGGUGUUGCUACCAGUAUCAGACAGCCAAAGUCUUUCUUCAGAGACUCUGCUGAGGGCAACAGCCAAUUACUCAGAACCACAAUUUAUUUUUUUACAACAGAUGUACUGAAACAUUUGCAGAAGAGUUAUAUCUAGAAUCAUAAAGGUACCCUAAAAGGUUCACUUACAAUUUGGGGAGUGUUUUUCCAUUUGAGGUAUAGUAAGCUCAUGGGUGUGUUAAGUGAGUGUAGGUUGCAGUGAUAUGUUGAAUGAAAGUUUUCAAAUAACCCUUUUUAAAAAUUAAUUUUUAGGAUGUUUCAUAAAGGCAGUCUUACUGGUGCCCAUAACAGUAAAUGAAUUAAACAAGUUAUAGACUACUGAGUUAUCAAUUUGCUGUAAUUUUUAGGAUAGCAUUUCAUACCCCCAAAGCUAUUUAGGUUAAUAAGCAGUUUUGAU